AUGUGCUUUGAUGGGAAAACCGUCAUCCAGGUAGAAUCGGAGAUGGAGAUUGACUCAAUGUGCUCCGUAUGUGGGAUUCAGAUCCCUGCAGACUCACCAAAUGCCGUCGCACAUCAUUUGGAAUCGCACACCAAGGAAGAUUUGAUUUCAUCUCUCACAAGGCAGCAGGCAUCUCCCAAUGCUCAACCAAGAUUCGUGCCGGCAGUCCAACAGCAACAAAUGCAGGUCAUGAAUCCAAGUGCAAUGCCAAUGAUGGUGCCCAUGGCUCCUUAUGGUGGUGUAUCGAUGCCAUGCUUCAUGCCUCCCAUGAUGAUGCCCACUAUGGUGGGUGGUCGCCCUGCAUAUAUUGUGUAUCCUUACAUGAUGCCUCAAUGCAUGAAUGGCCCCUUUUCUCCUGGCGCCUGUUACUCACAACCAGCUGUGCAGAUGCAGUCAUUAUCGUACCCCGUGCCCUUGCCCUUGACCAUGCCUAGCCACAGUCCAUGGACAACUCCAGACAAUGCUUCCUUGUCGUCAAUGACUGAAAGUGAAGUUUAUCAUUGUGUGGAAUCGACUGAAGAUAGAGACGAUCCAGUUCCAGAGGAAGAAGAUGGCACUCAGGAAGAGGCGUCGAUGACUUCUCAUUCUACGGAAACAGAAGAGAGCAUAUUUUCAGGGCUUGUGUGUCAUGUGAAUCCCGAUGGAACCCUUGAAUUCGUGCGGGAAGAGACGCCCUACCGGAUUCUCACUGACGAUGGAGGUGGUGAUGAAGAGAACAGUGAUAAGGAAUCUGGUAACACCGGGAAUGGGAGCAAGUCGGGCAUUGAGCAACUGUCAGAAUCGUACCAACAGAAUGGAAAGAGCGGGGAUAAGGACGGGGGAAAGGAGAUGUUGCGAGAGGAAGAGAUAGAGGAUUAUAUGGUGGACUUAGACACGACCAAUGACAUCAUUGAGGAGGGUCGCGAGACUGAUGAACCCCCUGCUUCAGAUGUGGAACCGGGUCCGUCAUCGAAGACUCAAGAUGGGACUGAAGUCAUGGCUCGAUCGACUUCAAUUAGAGAAUGUGGAACCCCAAAAACGGGGACUAAAGUCCGAGGUGAAACGAUGACCGAUAGAAGGCAACUGCGACCUCGGACUCAUCCGAGUGAGAGAGAAGAUGUCCCCCCAAAGGAUCUGAAGAUCAAGAAAAGUCCAGCGAACUCUUCUAGUAAGCAGCGAAAAGGUAUGCUCACUGGGAAGCAGAUAUUGAGCAAGAGAAUGUCGAGAAAGAAAGUUGCGGGGGACAAGGAAGGGAGAGUGGAGAAGAAAGAGGGAGAAAUGGAGGAGGAAGACUUAGCAUGGUCGGAUGGUGAUCGGGAAUCAGUGGCAUCCGAUGGCGAACCCUCUUCUUAUGACCUCCCCCCACAGAAUCCGCUCGUUGGUGACGAUGUCAAUCGAGAUUCUGACAGAGAAGGAAGAGGCAAUGAUGAGGAGGAAGAAGAAAUCGUAUUGGAAGAAAAGGAGUCUCCUGUCAAGCUUCACAGCUGCCCUACAUGUGAGAAAGUGUUUGCCAAGAAGAAAUAUAUGCGAAAUCAUUUGCGAUACGUCCACGGGCCGAAGAACUUCAAAUGCAAAUACUGCGACAAGUCCUUCAAAUGGAAGCACGGUCUGGAAAGUCACAUGUAUACCCAUUGCCAACGAGGAGGUUAUGAAUGCUACCUCUGCGAUGCCACAUUCAAGGGCCCUAGUUACCUCCAGCGACAUGUGAACCGACACUACUCCAAGACUCGCGACAAGACCUUCUUCUAUUGCGAAUGUGGGAAGGCAUUUGAGACCAAGGGUGCUUACGAGUGGCACCAGGAGGUGCAUAAAGGAAUUCGGCAUUUCUGUAAGGUGUGUUCGGUGAGUUUCCUUCACAAGGGAUCCCUGAAUCGGCAUUACCGGGUGUCCCACCCGGAUUCGGAGGAGGCAAUCAGUCUCGGAGGACGCAAAUGCCUCGUCUGUCACAAGAUGGUGAAGAACCUCACCCUUCACAUGCGCUCUCAUGGGUCUAAGAAGUUCAAGUGUUCCAUGUGUCAGAAAACGUUCACGCAUCGCUGUAACCUCCAAGCUCAUCAGCUUCUCCAUGCCCCCAACAUGGAGAAGCCGUACCAGUGUAAAGUGUGCAAGCGGGGAUUCAUACGUGAGGACAAGCUCAAGGACCAUGUUGUGCAGCACAGCCGAAACAAAGCUCGCUACACAUGCUCGGAAUGUGACAAGCGAUUUGCCAUUCGUACCACUUACUUCCUUCACAUGCGUGAACAUGUGAACCCUGGGUAUUUCCCGUGUUAUCAGUGCGGGAAGGCUUUCACGCGGUCGUCGUAUCUGAAGGCGCAUCAAAAGGUGCAUGGACCUCCACAGAACUUCCCCUGCCCAACGUGUCGCAAGGUCUUCGCCUGGCGAUCGAACAUGAUCAAGCAUUUACAGAAGCAUCACCGCGCGUAUUUCACUGAAGAAGUCUGA